CGCACUAGUUAAUGAAUUUAUUUGCAAGAGCGAGGUGUAGUCUUUCAGUUAGAUAGUUGAUUGUGGUACAGUUAUGAAAGAACGACUGGAAGGACCUACGCAUCAUGGAUAUUCCCGGCCGGUUUUCGUUGGAAACUUUGCUAUGUUGCAAGAGUUUCUGCUGGAGAAGGAAAGUUUUUUCUGGAGCGGAUUGCGCUUAUUUGAGUUCCUAUUACGUGGUUUCAGUCAAGUAGUAUGUGCAAAUAAUCCAAUCAGCGGGCUAUUAAUAGUGAUCUCCUUAGCGUGUACUGCGCCCGUUACGUUACUAUUCACAUCAAUUACUGGUACUCUGGGUCUUUUAUUAUCAGUGUUAUUACGAGAUUCGCAGGACCUUAUUGCAAAUGGUUUAACAACGUUCAAUCCAGUAUUACUCGGCGCUGUAUCGUGCACAUUAAUACCGACGAUCUAUGGACCGUACGAUACGUUCAGCAUACUUUGCUUAUUACUAGCAACUAUAUUCUGCGCUUACGUGACCCGGUCUCUGGAAAACAAUAAGUUGCCAUACAUAGCGUGGCCGUUUAAUCUGUCUGAACUUAUGUUGAUCUUGCUACUUUAUACCCAAGACAAUGGAUUUGAUACGACAGAGAAGCCGCAACCACUUAUGAGAAUGCACAAUGCAACAAGUGAUGCGACGACAGCCGAUGUCAGUAUCAUCGGGGGAAAUGCGACGGGGGUGCACGUUAACUGGGGAAUGAUGUUCCGCGCUGUUAUAAUGUCCGCCUCGCAGCUGAUGGCGAUCGAAAACGCGGUUACCGGUUCCGUCAUCUAUUUGGCUAUUCUACUUUUCUCCCCGGUAACGGCUGGUUUCGCUCUUUUCGGGGCGAUCAUCGGUUCAUUGGCAGGUUUAAUGCUCGGGGUAGAGUUAGCUUCAAUUUAUUCUGGUUUCUGGGGUUACAACGCUUUCCUCACCGGUGGUGUAUUAGGCGGAAACUUUUUCGUCCUCACUGGACAAACAGUCGUCGCUACGAUCAUGGCAGUUGUCUACACCGUGAUCGUACAAUACUGUAUACACUUCUUCUUCAAGAAUCUGAAAUUGCCAGUACUCGGUCUGCCUUUCACCAUAGUGGUUUCUCUGUUCGUGAACUUAAGAAAACCGGACGAUAAAUCUUUUCCUAAACCAGCGUCUCCGUCCUAUCCGGAGAAAAACCGCGCGGACUAUAAGGCCAGUCGACUUCUCCGGCGAAUCUCCGAUCGAGAUGACAAUGAUGACGAUUUUAAAGAUCGAAAGCAAAAGACGGUGGUUAAUGUUUAAAUAAUACAAUUGAAGUCACGUUGAAAAUCCUUAUUUUCUACUAGUGCCGCUCUGUUUUCCUUUUCUUCGAAGAUGAAAGGCGAGCAUUCGAAAUAAGUGAUCCGUGCAUAUAUACAUGCUCGUAUGUACAUACAUAUGUACGUAUGUGCAGGGCUCGGAGAGAAUCAAUUGGGAUGAGAUUUCACACGGUUUUUGAACACGGUCCUUUGUCAGCCGACAGGAAAAGAGAAAUGCCUGCAUGGUAUCUAGAAGAGAUGGUUGUACCUAUACAGUGAUUCUUUUCAUAGCACAGAAAGCGCCAUUCCAGAAAUGCUGUCAAUCUUUCUUCCCCCUUUGCGAUUUUCAAUAAUCAUUGUAGCGCCGAAGGCGUUGUCCAUUUCCUUACCCUCUUUCUCUUCUGACGUUUAAUAACACUGUUGAACACAAUAAAAUUUCUGCAAUAUCCA